AUUCCUCCCUUUGCUGUCAAGUGUCGUCAAAACGCAAACGUACGUGAAAAUUCUAAUCUAUUAGUCAUAGCCAAAGCGACAGGAAAGAAAAACAUCUGUAGAACGGAUGAUACAGUGCCGAAGGUCAGCCUGUUCUGCUUCCCGGCAGUUCGUUGCAGCAUCCGUUAGCUCGCGCUACGUAAUUUCAGCAUCUCAGUAGUAGUACUACAGCCCGUUAAUCGACAGUGUGCUGAUGCAAUCGGGUGGGAUUUAGUCUUGUGGGUUAGAAAGACGUAGAAAAAAAACAAAGGAGCCGCCGUAUUCGACCGCAAAGCAGAAGCGAUGUUGAAUGUAAUCCAGCGGCUGUUAGGCGGUGACGUGCCGCCCAACAAGGUGCAAGAGGUGAAAAAUGAGUCCUACAUCAACCUGCAAGUACUGCAGCGAAAUGAAUCGAUGCGACUGUUUGCACCGAACCCGAACGCGCCCGACAAAAAGCUGGUGUACGAAAUCAUUCUGGAACGGCCUCACUCGGAAACGAUCAACACGUCCUACAGCUUGUACCGGGCACCAACACAAGCGGCAGCGGAGGAAAAAUUUGAAGCCUUCCAUCAACGUCUGCCGGAAUUAGUAAAAAUUGUUCGCGAGAUGUAUAAUAUAAACGGUUUGCAGAAACUUUGUGAUGUGCUGAUUGAAAACCCUUCCUGGUCCCUGGCACAUGUUGUUGCUUUUUACAAUCUAACCGACUACGUAUCGAACCCUAGUAUUAUCGAUUUUCUCGACUAUGCCGAAUAUUCCGACAUGAUGACUCCACUGCAGGUUGCCGUUAAGGCGAACAACAUUGAGUUUGUGAAGGUGUUGGUACAAUCGAAUCAAUGCAACUUGGAGCAUCUGGAUAAGAACAGCAACUCUGUGUUUCACUUUGCGGCUAGUACGACUAAAGAAAUGAUAAAUCUGUUAACAGCAAAAAGUACCUCGAACCUAAACCAUUGCAAUACCGAUGGUUAUACACCGCUGCAUCUGUCCUGUUUGGCCGAUAAACCGGACUGCGUGAAGGCGUUACUGUUGGCCGGGGCCGAUACAAACAAAAUGGCCCGCGGUGCUGGUACGUCCUACAGCAAAACCAUUCCAUCGAAACCUUCUUCUACAGGUAAUGUAGCUGAUUUUCUUGUCAGCAAUCCAAAUAAACUGUUCACGCAGGACAUGAAACACGGUGGCACACCGCUGCACUGGAGCUCGAGCCGGGAGGUACUGAGCUCGCUAAUAGAACGCGGCUGUGACGUGAAUUUAGUAAACUUUAACGGCCAAACACCGCUGCACGUAAUGGUUGCACGUGACCGGUUGGAAUGUGUAGUUGCGUUGUUAGCGCACGAUGCGGAGAUCGACGUAGUCGACAACUCGGGCAACACGCCACUGCACAUUGCGGUGGAGAAGAAACUAAUCCCGAUCGUGCAGUGUUUGGUGGUGUUCGGCGCUGACUUUAACAAACCAAACAAGGACGGUAAAACACCACGCCACAUGGUCGGCAAGGAUGAUAGUGGUUCGAAGGAUUCGAUGAUACUGUACAUCUUACACUCGGUUGGGGCAAAACGGUGCUCGGAGAAGGUUGCCAACAAAUGCCCGCCGGGAUGUGCGUCCGGUGCUACCUAUAAUGGUAUUCCACCCGCACAACCGGAAACCUCGGAGCAACGGGAACAAAUCCAGCACGUGUUGGCCCGUACGACCACCAAAUCGCAUCGGAACAGUGUGCCAAGCCUCAUAUCGAGCACGAUACGGGCUAGCAUUCCGGAGGAGCGCGAAAGGCGCGAGGUCAAAACGAUAGAUGUCAGCCAGGAACGGAAGGGGGCCAGCAUGAUGGAUGCGUUGCUGUCGAUGUUUACGAAUAAGGUAGAGGCGGCCUCCAAGCCAACCUCUCCCACGUCGACCACUUCGUCGCUGAAGGGUUGCACCAAUCUGCUCGGAGACUUUGAUGUGGGCGAUGAACCGAUGCUAACGGACGAGAUUGCCGGUGCGGAAGCAUCCAAAAGUCCAGCGGGAGAAUGUUCCAGCGGUGGUGGAAGCCGGACGGAGUCUAGACCACGCUCGGCAUGUGAACCCGGAACUAGCGGUGAAUCGUACGGUGGCCGGGGUCGUUUACUUUGCCUAGAUGGUGGCGGUAUUAGGGGGUUGGUAUUGGCACAAAUGCUGUUGGAGAUAGAAAACCUCUCCCAGACACCUAUCGUGCAUCUGUUUGAUUGGAUCGCUGGUACGAGCACCGGUGGCAUACUGGCACUCGCGUUAGGCUGUGGCAAAACGAUGAAACAGUGCAUGUGUUUGUAUCUGCGCAUGAAGGAUCAAGCGUUCGUCGGUUCGCGCCCGUAUCCGAGCGAUCCGCUCGAGACGGUACUGAAGGAACAGUUGGGUGAGUUUACCGUCAUGUCGGACAUCAAGCACCCACGGUUGAUGGUGACUGGUGUGAUGGCCGACCGGAAGCCGGUAAAUUUGCACCUCUUCCGCAACUACGAGGCGGCCAGUGACAUUCUCGGUAUCGUAACGCCCUCGAACAAUCGUGGUCAACCACCGCCACCGCCCAGUGAGCAGCUGGUGUGGCGUGCGGCCCGUGCAACCGGUGCCGCACCGUCCUACUUCCGUGCGUUUGGCCGUUUCCUUGAUGGAGGAUUGAUUGCGAACAAUCCGACGCUGGACGCCAUGACGGAGAUCCACGAGUUGAACGCUGCCCUGCACCAUAUUGGUCGGGCUGCCGAAGCAGUUCCGGUGUCGGUUGUAGUUUCACUCGGCACUGGAUUAACACCCGUGGUGGAUUUGAAGGAAAUUGAUGUGUUCCGUCCGGAUAGCAUAUGGGACACGGCCAAAUUGGCGUACGGAAUUUCCACUAUCAGUACCCUGCUGGUAGAUCAAGCCACCGCAUCCGACGGUCGGGUGGUGGACCGGGCCAGGGCAUGGUGUAGCAUGAUUGGCAUACCGUACUUCCGCUUCAAUCCCCAGAUGUCGGACGAUAUAGCGAUGGAUGAAAAGAUUGAUGAACCACUAAUUAAUAUGCUGUGGGAGGCGAAAGCAUACAUGCACAGCAACCGGAAGCAGGUGAUAGAGCUGAUCAAUCUGCUCAAGUAGCAGCAGUAAGCAGUAACCGAGCCGAAGGCUGUAAAGAAAAAAAAAAACGAACAAGAAAGUAUAAGCAAGUACUACAUCUACUUACCUUCUCCGUAUUCGCACCCAAUCCUAACCACCUUCAAGAUGAUACGGCCCACCCAUGCAAAAAAAUGCAAAUAGAGUUUAGGCAAAGCAAAACAGGAAUUGCUUCAACUCUCCUUAUUCUCUCUCGCUGUUCCACCUUUUUGGCGUGAAAGCACGAACAUUCCUGAUAGUGACAAAUUUUGCUUUUUUGAUAAAAGAAAGAUGAUGUACAUGAGAGAUAGAGAGAAAGCGAGAGACAGAGCGGAAAGCACUGUUCGUCACGUUUGCCUCACCACAGGUUUUCUUCGUUGUUCCCAAACAUCGUACUGAAUUGUUGACAAUAUCUUUAGCAAAACGAACAAUUUAUGGAUAGAUUAUUAGGCAGGAGAGAGCAAAAGAAAUAGUUGCCCAAUAGCCGAUACAAACGAGCUGACAAAUGAAAAUCGCAUCGAAAGUAACCUCGAAUUAGUAAGGCAAAAGAAAACGUAAAAAGUAACAUAAAUAUUAUAAAGCCGCACUUGCUGGAUAUUGGAUUUUAGGGGAGAAGGAAGGGAAAAGAGCAAACAGCAGCAGAAGUUCAAUAAGUGAGAUGAACCAAAAAUACCUUUCACCGCGGACAUACCUGAUAUAAUGCGUCACGGACAUUACAUCAGGUACGAUUACCAUUGUGUACGUCAACAUAUUUAAAUUGUGAUCAUCGUGCGCGCUUGCGGCUAAUCGAGUUCUCUAUCUGCAAAAUGGAACCGUUUCACUGUGUGUUGUUGUCAUUAAUCGUUUAAGAUGGGGAUUAACUGUUGCGAUCGUACUACAGCACUGGUGUACGGGGUAGAAAACAGAAUGUAGUUUGGCAAAGAUUUCGUUUUGCCAUUUAUUCGUUCGACUCAAAUCGGGGUUUUUUGUAUAUUAUUUUGAAAGCAGAUGCACACAAACCUAUACAAACAGUACGCAAAGGCAAACUUGAACAAAACGUUUGAGAUGUAUCAUUGCGAAGAAGAAGCCCACCAAACAUGUACGUACUGUAGAGUUCCAACAAGUAGCGAUGCAUAACGAUCCAAUUCGAUGUUGAAUCAAUUUUAAUUCUGGGAAUCAAUACGCACCCGAAUACUUUGUAACCUAUUUAUGUUGUUUAUUGUUUAUCUGUUGAUCGUGUAGCAGUAGAUAAGUAUAUCGGUGUAGAAGAGCAUGCUUCUUCCAGCAAAACGUUCCAAUCGAUGUGACGAAAAGAAAAACGCGUAACAUUGCGUUACAAUCUUCCUAGCGAAACAUGUGCUUGCGCAUCUCACGUUUUACAAUUGACAAACAAAUUAGACCAAUUGGGCUACUGUUUUGUUGUUAGAGUCAUUACAAUAAGAAGAAACAAACACACUUAACAAUACAAACGCUUGUUGAAAAAAAAACUGAAUUGGAUAAAAUAUCUUGUCGUUGUUUAAAAUAAAAAUCGGAUUAAAAACGUUUGUGCAUAUACCGCGUUUAGGAGGCCGGGGCCCCUGCGUACAUGUUUCGCAAUCCCCACGCGUAUUUUGUAAUCCAUUUUUCUCCGAUUGGACGUUGACCUAUUUUAACGUAAUUGUACGAAACAAUCGUAACAAUGUGUCGUGUUGCUAUAAACAAACAAACAAACACACAAAAAAGCAGAAGCGAAAUGGCAUAUUUUAAUGAAUUGUUGGACAAAUGGUGUAUGCAAUAUCAAAUAAAUGUGACCGGUGCGUGAGAAAAG